UUUAAAAACCUCCCUUUUGUGAUUUAUCAAGACGAAACUCUUUUGCAUUGCUCCGAUUUGGAUAUUCUCGCAGCCCCUCUCCAAAUUCCCGAGAAAAUUGACGGGAAACUUGCUUCGUUUUCCGAGAAAAAAAGGAAAGUAAUUGGUUACUGUACUUCUAGGGUCUGUGAAAUCCUCGACUUCGAAUUUGGGGACGGAACUUUCCCCGGCGAGAUUGAUGAUUAAGGACUAAUUAGUUGAUUGGACUUUGUUUUUGAUUUUGAGUUCUAAUGGAGAGAUCUAGAUCGAAGAGGAACUAUCACUAUGACCAAGACUAUGAUGGAGAUUCCAUGGGCAGGUCUAAACCUCGCUACAACAACAACAACAAUUACCACUUUGGCGGCGGAGGAAAUAACAGAUACCGUGGCGGCGGUGGCGGCGGCGGAAAUAGCCGGCCAUCGAAGUCACACCCGGAAACGAUGGCGACGACGACUUAUCGUGUCCUCUGCCUCGACGCUAAAGCAGGAGGCGUUAUUGGAAAAUCCGGAACAAUCAUCAAGUCGAUACGGCAGCACACCGGCGCGUGGAUUAACGUUCACGAGCUAGUUCCCGGAGACGCCGAGCGUAUCAUCGAGAUUUCCGAUAACCGUCGUCGUGACCCCGACGGGAGAAUGCCGUCGUUCUCUCCUGCUCAGGAGGCUUUGUUCAGCGUCCACGACAGGAUUCUAGAGAGCGAGGCUCAGUUCGGGUACGGUGUUGCUCCGCCGCCGGAAGAGGAGGAGGAUUACGGUGGAGUUAGGCCCGGAGGAGGGAGAGUUGUGACGAGGCUUGUGGUUUCGAGGAUGCAUGUUGGUUGCUUGUUGGGUAAAGGUGGGAAGAUUAUCGAGCAGAUGAGAAUCGAAACCAAGACUCAUAUUAGGAUCCUGCCUAGAGAAAGUAACUUACCUCGUUGUGUUUCCCUCUCUGAAGAGAUUGUUCAGAUUGUAGGUGAACCUGAAGCAGUGAAGAACGCUUUAGCCAUUGUAUCAUCGCGUCUAAGAGAGAGUCAACAUCGUGAUCGCAGUCAAUUCCAAGGCCGUUUGCAUUCACCAGAACGGCCUUUGCCGCCUGCUGAUGAUUAUGUUCCUCAGCAAAGAAGACAAUCAUCUGAGAGGUUUCAUCAUGGCAACUACAGGAGCAACAGUUUCAGCUCUCGUCAGUCCAACUAUGCAGCAGAAGCUCCAGCAGCAGCUCCUGUUGGUGAGAAUGCACAGCCUCUCUACACCGAAGAGCUUGUGUUCCGGAUUCUAUGCCCUGUUGACAAGAUUGUUCGUGUUGUUGGAGAAUCACAAGGAAUAAUAGAUUUGCUUCAAAACGAGAUUGGCGUGGACACUAGAGUGUCUGAACCUGUUGCUGGAUCUGAUGAACAGAUAAUUACCAUUUCUUCAGAAGAGGCGCCUGAUGACCAGCUUUUCCCUGCGCAAGAAGCUUUGUUGCACAUUCAAACUCGGAUCGUAGACCUUAUUCCGGAUAAAGAUAACCUUAUAACAACGAGAUUGCUUGUCUCAUCUAGAGACUCAGUAUGUUUGGAAGGGAAAGCAGGAUCUGUAUCUGAGAUAUCACGAUUAACUGGAGCAAGCGUACAGAUCCUAGCCAGGGAAGAAAUUCCCCGAUGUGUUUCCAUCAAUGAUGUUGUUGUACAGAUUGCUGGCGAGAUCAGAGCAGCUAGGGAUGCACUUGUUGAAUUAACGUUACGAUUGAGGAGUCAUCUCUCUCAAAAGGAUACACCACCGGCUUCUACAUCCACAACUGGCCCUCUUGAAGGUGUUGCAGGAGUGAUAGAGGUAGCUUCAUCAAACAACACAACUCAAUCCCGUGAAGGUCUUACCAGUUCCAAUCUGAUGUUGCUGCAAGCUAGCGCAAUCGCUACACAAUUUAAGGAAGGAUCAUUUGCAAAGGCGGGUGAAAGUGAACACCGGGAUGAGGUUCCUGUCACUACCAGCAGAAUGCCGCUUGUUACUAGGAGCACUCUUGAAGUUGUAUUACCAGACCAGGCUAUUCCUAAGCUUGUUACGAAAUCAAGAAACAAGCUUGCACAAAUCAGUGAGUGGUCUGGAGCAAGUGUAACCUUAGUUGAAGACCGACCUGAAGAGACACAGAAUAUCAUUCGAAUCUCGGGUACACCAGAGCAGGCAGAGAGAGCACAGAGCUUGCUUCAAGGCUUCAUCUUGAGCAUACAAGAGGAUGGACCAUGAACUUGGACGGAACAUCAGGAUAACACACAGAGGAAUGAGAUCAAGAAACUGAGAAAUGUGGUGUUUGUAUGAAUUGUGGAGUAAUUAGGAUUUCAGUGCAAGUGUGAGCAGUAACGGGAAGAAGGUUUAGAUGAAUACAUUUUGAGCUACACGCUUUGGCUACUAUGUUGUUGUCUAUCAGUCUCUUUUUUCCAUUGUUUUGUAACUUAUAAAAGUCAUCAAAGUUAAAUCCGAAUGUACUUUCAU